AAGGAGCCUGAGAUUCCUGGACCCAUCUCACCUAAGGGAUUUCACUUUCGUUAGUCUUGAACUACUGCUGUUGGGUUAUUCUCCAUCUCUGGAGAACAUUGAAGGAAAAGGGCUUUCUACACUUCUCUUCUCCUGGAACCACAAAUGUGCUAUGCUUCAGACUGAAGACUGGAAAAGAGAGCACUUUACAAUAAAGUUCACCAGUUCUGCUCUGAAUGGCCUACUCCAUGGCUGAUCUUGUGGCUUUUAUUUGGACAUGGAUAUUAUUGACCUCAACAUGCUGUCUGACACAGGAACAAGAAGGAGAGGAUACAGCUGCAGAAAACUUCUCCUGUAUUGUUUACAAUGUUAAUUUCAUGAAUUGUACUUGGACAGUAGGCAAAGCAGCUCCAGAUGAUGUCCAGUAUUACCUUUAUUCAGAAAAUGCUACGUAUCCGGGCCAGAUUUGUCCCAUAGAAGACACUUGCAAAGAAUGUUCUAAUUACAUAAAGGAUUCCCAGAAGAGACAUGUUGGAUGUCACUUUGAUAAAGUUCAAUUCAAUGGCAAGGCUGUCUUCAUUGUAAAUGGUACCAGCAAAAGAAUAAAAAUCAAACAGUUUUGUUCUAAGAAAAUUUCACUAAUUUUAAUAGAAAGGUUUACUCCACCAUCUAAUAUCACUGUGAACUGCUCAAAGUCAAAUUGUCUCAUACAAUGGCAGAAACCCAAAACAAGAAUUCAUGUUGAUGACAGUGAAUUUCAAUACCAGCUUGACAUACAAAAACAGGGCUCUGAGUACACUAAUGAUAAGCCGUUUAAGAUACAAGGAUCUGCAAACAAUGAAUAUAACUACUCAAAUUAUGACAAGGACAUAAAGCAUAUCCUGAAAAUAAGAGCAAGUCGUCGAAAUGAGAAAUGGGGUGAAUGGAGUGAACCUAUAGAAUUUGGAGGUUCUGCACAAGGAAAAGGAAGUCCUAUGUAUAUUUAUCUAUUGGUGAUAUUUGGGACACUUGUCUUUGCACUAGUCAUCAUAUUUGUCUUUAAAAGGUACAAUGUCAAGCAAAGGUUAUUCCCCCAGAUUCCUCAGAUUAAAGACAAAGUGAAUAGCUGUGAUCACCUGGCUAAAGAGAUCAUCUGGGAAGAAUUUAAACAUCCAGAAAAAUGUGAAGAAAUAAUGACUAUAGAUGUAAUCGGAUGAUGACAAAUGGCCAGAAAAGCAAAAGAAUUUUCCCGAUAGUACUACCUGUUGGAGUUUUAGGAAUUUUUUUUUUACAUUUCAUUCACCUCAACAGAGAGGUGAUUUGGCAUAGAGGGUAGAAAACAAGCUUCAAAGCCAAAAAUCUAUCCCUUCUCCAAACUUUCUUAUUUCUGUUGAAGGCACCACUCCUCUUCACCUAUGUUUGCAACCUUGGAGUCAUAAUUGACUUUUUUCCUUUUGUACCACCCCCCCCAUACCCGCAUCUCCAAUUAGCCAAAUUUUGUCAAUUCUACUUCCACAACUCUCGACUCCAUCCCUUUCUCUCCAUUCACAUGACCACUACACCUCUGCUGGACCUCUUUACUGCUUUCCUGGAUUACUCCCAUUUUCCUGCCUUCAGUCUUUCCCCUACUAAAUCCAUUUUACAUACAGUUUUAAAAUUAAUAUGCCUGGGGGCAGCUAGGUGGCUCAGUGGAUAGAGCACCAGCCCUGGAGUCAGGAGUACCUGAGUUCAAAUCUGGCCUCAGACACUUAACACUUACUAGCUGUGUGACUCUGGGCAAGUCACUUAACCCUAAUUGCCUCACUAAAAAGAAAAAAAUCAAUAUGCCUGACUUCUCUAUCAAUGCUGGUCAGCACCUUCUCUUCAACUUAUAGGUUUAGCAAAUUACUUAGAGCCUUGAGAAGUUGUUACUAGCCUGGGGUCACAUGGCCAGUAUGUGUCAAAGGCAGAAUUUAAAAACCCAGGACUUACUGACUUCAAAGCCAGCUCUCUAUUCACUGUGCCAAUAUUUAUUUCCUAUACAAGAAUUGUUCCUAUAACAUAAAAGGUUCUAAAAAAAAAUAGUGUGCAUUGACAGAAAACUUAAACCCAACAAUCAGCAGUAAUAGCUACUGAAAUACUCUGCCCGGAAAUUGAGGCUUAAAACCAUCAAAACAUAAAGCCGGAACUGCUGAGUAUCCAUUUUACAUUUCAUCUCAUCUCUGCACCAGAGGUCAUUCUCUCUAAGAACAUUGGAAUAGUUGGCAGGAACUCCUUCCCAAAAACAUCUGGCACUAUCUGGAGACCCAGAACCUCCAGACCUCUGGAACUCACAAGGUAAACUUUAAUCCUGAAUGUGUACACCUUGUGGUCAAUGUUUGGUCACUUAGGAUCAGUCAAAUAAACACAAAGGAGAGGAGGCAGCCAGCGGACUGAUCAAACUUGCCUGACUGACCCCUGCUCAAAUUGCCACAUGCGAGAAGUUGACAUGUUGUUGGAAUGAAGAGAAAGGGCUUCACCUUUCCACAUUUAUCCCUCAUGGGACAGGCAACAACAGUACGAACAUGCGGUCAGAAAAGAAGAGAACAACUGAGAGAGAGAGUCACUCCCUUUUACAGAUGUACUAAGUCAGUGUUUCUUUCCAAAUAAAGCCAUGUGUCCUGAGAUCCAACAAAAUAACUUUGAAUUUUCCCUGUCGUCUCCUCCCCAUUGAGCUGAAUUUAUUUUAUAAAUUUGACUUGGGGACAUUUCAUGCUGCUUAU